CCUGGAAGUGGUGGGCUGGUACUUGCGCAAGCGCUCCAACAAGUAGGGUAGGAAUAGAGAAGAGUAGUCCUACUUGUGACAGUGCACCCACUGCAGGCAUAUCCUUCCAGCAGUGUCAGAUUGUUGUACUCUCAACAUGUAAGUCCAGUUAUAGCAGUGCUCGGAUAGGCUGGAGAGUACACUUUGCGCUUCCCCCAGUUUAUCUAAUCUGCUUGUGGCUAUUCAAUUAUACUUUGAGAACAAAACCACCAGAAGCUGUUGGAGGAAUUUUCCUACAAAACCAUCAGAAGCUGCUGGAGGAAUGUGCCUGUAAAACGUUCACAAACUGCUGGAGGGAUCUUCCUUCAAAACGACAAGAAGCAGCUGGGGAAAUGUGCCUGUAACACAAUGGCUCCUGCUGUACAACUCAAAGACUGAAACAGGUCAGGCUUCUUCCUCUUUUCCAGUUUCAUGGAUCGCAAGAGAAAAUUGAUCUGUGAUGCAUUCAAAGUGAAAAAGCUACGAGGCAGCUGUUCAAGAGAUGAAACAGAUCUAAAAACAUCUACUUCUCCUUAUCCGGACUUCACAGAGGACCCUCAUGGAGCUGUCUCAUACCUGUGUGCUCUUUUUCCCCGUAAAUUGUUCAAUGAUACUUUGCCUCCUCUGUUCCUUAAACAUCAGCUAUACAGCCUCAUGCAAGAUCGUACAGUCGUAGACAGAUUGUUGAGUUCCCUCCAACAAAAAGGAGAGGUGUGUUUAGUUCAGACUGGAUUUGAUCUUGACACAUUCAUGGUUGUAAUGACUGAUGAUUUACGUAGGACUGCCCUCAGCAGCAGUGAAGGGGACUCACGAGCAACUGUUGUACGCAAAUUUCUGGACUGUGAUCUUUUGUUAUCACCCAAUAUUAGCUACGGCAGAGAUGAAAUGAUGAUGAAACACCGCUUUAGUGAUGGAGAAAUAACACAGCUGGUUCGUGCUGGACUACUCACAGUGAGAGAUGCUGGGAGCUGGUGGUUAGCUGUCCCAGGAGCUGGAAGGUUUAUUACACAUUUUAUAAAGGGAAGGAAAGCUCUCCUUUCUCAGAUUCGCAGAUCUCGCUAUAAAGAAGUUCUUCUUACAGACCUUUCUACUCGCAAGGCUCCCCCUAACCUUCGCUUGGGGAUGGAGUUUCAUAUACACGACAUAAUAGGAGCAGGUCUAGUCGACUGUGUUCCAACAGCCUCAGGGAUCCUCCUCCGCAUAUCUGAAACCUAGCAAAGAUUUUGCAGCUUCUAGUUCCUUGUCAUCUCUUCAUCAUCAUCAGUUGUAUAUCUGAAAUGGGAACGGGUUACUCUAGCUUUGUUCUUUAUUUGGUGUUCCUUUCUGCGUCACUUAUGAGUUAAUUUAUGCCAAAAAAUAUAAAAUUUAUAAUAAAGUUAUUUAAUGCUGUG